CGAAACCCUCCACUUUAACAUUCCUCUAAUUUACAUUUCGCCACUCCCUACGAGUGCUACCGGUUUAUUUGUUUGUACAUACUUCAUCCGAACAGCCUUCUAGAUCUCCCAAACCCAUAUCCGGACUAUUGUCCAUCCACACAUAAGAACAACACAACGGCACAAUGUCUCCCCCAGCAAUAAUCGCCCCCUCUAUCCUCAGCGCAGACUUCGCAACCCUCGGCAGCGAAUGCUCGACCAAAAUCUCCGAGGGCGCCGACUGGCUGCACGUCGACAUCAUGGACGGUCACUUUGUGCCCAACAUCACAUUCGGCGCGCCAGUGGUGACCAAGAUCCGCUCGCAUGUGCACCGCCCUUCGCAGCCGCAGGGCAAAGGGACGUUUGAUUGCCAUAUGAUGAUUGCAGAGCCGCAAAAAUGGGUCAAGGACUUCAAAGACGCCGGGUGCGAUCUAUAUUGCUUCCACUACGAGGCGGCGGUUUCUUCAGUCGCCGCCAAGGAACCAGCUGAUAAGGAGACAACGCGCAAGACGAGUCCUAAGGAGUUGAUCCGCUUUAUUCAUGAGGAGGGGAUGCAGGCAGGGAUAGCAAUCAAGCCGGAUACGCCAGUUGAUGUGCUGUGGGAUAUCUUAGCUGCGGAUGAUGAGAAGGAGAGGCCAGACAUGGUUCUUGUCAUGACCGUGCACCCGGGAUUUGGCGGACAAAAGUUCAUGGCCUCAGAGCUUCCUAAAGUCAAGGCGUUGCGUGAGAAAUACCCAGACUUGAACAUCGAAGUUGAUGGUGGGUUGGGCCUUGGGACAAUCGACCAAGCAGCGGAAGCUGGUGCCAACGUCAUCGUCGCUGGGUCGGCUGUCUUUGGCGCCGAGAACCCAGGAGAUGUCAUUCAGAAGCUGCGCGAUGCGGUUAACAAACACCGAAAAGCGUGACUAUCUCCCGGCGAGAUGGCCGGAAGUAGGUUAUAAAUUUCACAGCGAGUUCUGAAAGCAUAUUAUGGAUUUACGACCGAUGUUUUGUUUGUUGCGAAUAGCAACUUUCAUAAAUACUACAGACAUUCCUUGUGCUCUGCACAACGCUUUCUACCGAGUUAUUGUACAGUAGUGUCCGUGAAUUUGCAAAA